UUGUGAUUAAUGUCUUUAAGAUUAGCUCAAUGUUUAUGUAAACUUUUUGUAAUUCUGUCAAAAAUGCAAAUGUCUUGCUAUUAUUUCAGUUUUCAGCCACAAUUCUACUUUACAUCAUUUAUAGUGGUGAAAAUACAUGUUUUUUUUCCAUUCUUUCUCAAUGUCUUGGUCUGUCUUACUCACUGUUGUACAGGCAGUGUGAGGUUGGUAGAUGGUGACAGUCGCUGUGCUGGGAGAGUGGAGGUUCUUUAUAGAGGACAGUGGGGAUCAGUGUGUGGUAAUAACUGGGAUAUGAGAGAUGCUGCAGUGGUGUGUAGAGAGCUGGGCUGUGGAGAAGCUGUAGAUACAUAUCAUGAGUCUUACUUUGGAUCAGGAUCAGGACCAAUCUGGAUGGAUAAUGUGCACUGCAGUGGCUCUGAGUCUACACUGAGGAACUGUGAAUCAGCAGGAUGGGGUAAACAUAACUGUGAUCAUUCUAAAGAUGCUGGAGUCAUCUGUUCAGGAGCCCGGGUGGUUGGUGGUUCUCACUGUUCUGGGAGAGUGGAGGUUCUUCAUGGAGAGAGCUGGGUCACAGUGUGUGAUGCUGACUUUAACCAGCAGGAUGCAGAGGUUGUGUGUCGAGAGCUGGGCUGUGGUUCUCUUGUGGAGGUUCUGGGAGCAGCUGCUUUUGGUAGAGGGGAGGGUCCGGUGUGGUCAGAGAAGCUUCAGUGUAGAGGAACUGAAUCUCAGAUUCACUUCUGUCCAAAAUCAUCUUCACUCAAACACAACUGCUCCCAUGAUAAUGAUGUGGGACUGGUGUGUGCAGACAGUGUGAGGUUGGCGGAUGGUGGCAGUCGCUGUGCUGGAAGAGCAGAGGUUUUUCACAGAGGACAGUGGGGAACAAUUUGUGGUGCUGGUGCAAAUUUCAUACCGGGUUUUGUCAUGUGUAAAGAGUUGGGCUGUGGAGAGCCGUUUAGGACUGAUGCAGCUGUUCCAGGAUCUGCACCGAUCUGGAUGAGUCAUGUGAAGUGUACUGGAUCAGAGUCUACACUGAAACACUGUGGAUCAUUAGGGUGGGGUGAACACAGCUGUAAUCAUAAUAUGGAUAUUGAGCUUACCUGUUCAGAUCACAGGACAUCCAGACUUGCUGAUGGUCCUCAUGUUUGCUCUGGGAGAGUGGAGGUUUUUCAUGGAGCGUCUUGGUUCACAGUGUGUGAUGCUGACUUUGACCAGCAGGAUGCAGAGGUUGUGUGUCGAGAGCUGGGCUGUGGUUCUCCUGUGGAGGUUCUGGGAGCAGCUGCUUUUGGUAAAGGGAAGGGUCAGGUGUGA